UUAUUUAUUUGAAUUCCUUUUUUUUCUAAAAUCGAACCCAAUUUUCAAAUAAAUUCACUUUUGGUUUCUUGCCUCAUUCUUUCGAUCGCAAUGGCUCUAUCACGAGUUGCUUCACCAUCGCCAUGGAAUCUGUUGAAACCACUGUCCUCUUGCUUGUCGCUACGACGACGUUCGGUGUCCUCGUUGUCCACGGAACCUCUCACCGUGGAGACUUCGCUUCCCUUCACCACCCAUCGCUGCGACGAGCCCUCACGUUCCGUUGAGACCUCCGCGGCGGAGCUCUUCUCGUUCUUCCGUGACAUGACGCUGAUGCGGCGGAUGGAGAUCGCGGCGGACUCCCUCUACAAGGCCAAGCUGAUCCGCGGCUUCUGCCACCUCUACGACGGGCAGGAGGCCGUCGCGGUGGGGAUGGAGGCCGCGAUCACGCGCAAGGACUGCAUCAUCACUGCUUACCGUGACCACUGCACCUUCCUGAGCCGCGGCGGAACCCUGAUCGAGAUCUUCGCUGAGCUCAUGGGCCGCCGCGACGGUUGCUCGAAGGGGAAAGGUGGUUCCAUGCACUUUUACAGGAAAGAGGGUGGCUUCUACGGUGGGCAUGGCAUUGUAGGGGCUCAGGUUCCGCUUGGUUGUGGAUUGGCCUUUGCUCAGAAGUAUUGUAAGGAUGAGAAUGUUACGUUUUCUUUGUACGGUGAUGGUGCUGCCAAUCAGGGGCAGUUGUUCGAGGCGCUUAACAUUGCUGCGCUUUGGGAACUUCCUUCCAUUUUUGUCUGCGAGAAUAACCAUUAUGGAAUGGGGACUGCUGAGUGGAGAGCUGCUAAGAGUCCUGCUUAUUACAAGCGUGGGGAUUAUGCUCCUGGAUUGAAGGUAGAUGGCAUGGAUGUUCUUGCUGUGAAACAAGCUUGUAAAUAUGCCAAGGAGUUUGCUUUGAAGAAUGGCCCCAUUAUUCUUGAAAUGGACACAUACAGAUACCAUGGCCACUCCAUGUCUGAUCCUGGCAGCACAUACCGCACUCGUGAUGAAAUUUCUGGUGUGAGACAGGUGCGUGAUCCAAUUGAAAGAGUAAGAAAGCUGCUAUUAGUUCACGAGAUUUCUACUGAAAAGGAGCUAAAGGACAUUGAAAAGGAAGCCAGAAAAGAAGUUGACCAAGUCAUUGCCAAAGCAAAGGAAAGUCAAAUGCCUGAGCCAUCUGAUUUAUUUAAGAACGUAUAUGUUAAAGGUUUAGGUGUCGAGGCUUGGGGCCCUGAUAGGAAAGAACUUAAAGCUACCUUGCCCUGAUGGAAAACCUUUCCUUUGAAUUUAUAUUCCCUAAUUUCAGACCUGUCAAAAUAAUGAAGACUAAAAGGUUCAGACGAUCAUCCUUGCCUGUUUGCUGAGCUUUCCCCAAAUUGUAUAUCAAAUUGUGGCGGAAAUUAAUGUUUUGCAGUGUAAUAUUGGAGGAUCUAACAAUCAUAGCGUUAUCAAUUGAUUAAUCAUGCAAAUAGUGUCUUGCAAAUUUUGAGGAUUUCGUUGUAUAAAACUUGGUGGCAAAAUUGUGCCAUUAUUUUAUAACUAAGUAUUCACAAGAUUGUGUUCUAUUGAAAUUUUCUGGAUAUUAAAAAUUAGUGUUUCUCUGGACA